UUCGAGGCAGUGACGAAGUGGUUCGGUACUUAGACCACCUUUUGGAGCACACUGUUCCCAAGCCCACCCUGCCCUCUACUGCCCAACAGGGAGGGCUCGAUCGCUUCCGAACGGCUGUGCAAACCACCCGUGACUUCAUGUCAUUGGUGACCAAGGCUAAGGAGCUGCAUGUGCAGAAUGCUCACAUGUACCUUCCUACAAAGUUACUGCCGGCCUCCCGGACUUCGAUCAGCUUCCUGGAUGCAACGCCUCUCUCUCCCCAAGCUGACCAGGUUCCUUCUGUCAAUGUGGAGAUGCACCUUCCCCGGGAUGAAUCUGGGGAGAUAGACUUCCAAGCCCUGGUGGGCCAGUUGCACGAGUGUCCAAGCUUACAGGACCAAGCCGACAUCCUGUACCUUCUUUACACCACCAAGGGGCCUGAUUGGAACACUGCCGCUUCCAGUGAGGAGCCUGUGACAGUCCGGGAGCUCCUUGCUACCCUGUACAGCAAAGCGGGAGAAGCUCAUCACUGGGGCCUAAUCCGCUACAUCUCUGGCAUUCUUAAAAAGAAAGUGGAGGCACUGGACGAGGCCUGCACCGAUCUACUGUCCCACCAGAAGAACUUGACAGUGGGACUCCCUCCAGAGCCUCGUGAGAAGACCAUCUCUGC